UCAUCUUCAUCUUCACGUUGGAUCCUAAAGCUGGACAUUAGAGCGGUUAUUUUCACAGAUAAAUGGAUUAUUAUUUAGUCUGAACUGAAACUAUGAGGAGGGAGAAAGUACAGUCGGUGCUGCUGGAGCUCAGUGUGGUUCAUUUACCUCAGUGACUGAAGCUGAAUGUAGUUUAAUCUGCUUCCAGGACAGGAUUUUUACUACAUGGAGGUUCUAAUUUAAUCAGGAAGUAAAAGUAGAAUAGAAGCUCUUAACUUCUACUAAAUGAUGAUUUGUUGUUACAACAGCUUUUAUCUGAAACAUGGACCCAUUUCAUCUGAAGAGGAGGAAGAUAAUGAAGAGUAAUUAAGGAUUGUAUUAGUGUGAAUCUGUAGGAGGAGAUAAAGAGAUAAAAAUGGCGGCUGCAAGAAACAAUGAGUUUAAACUUAUUGGACCCCAUCAUAAAGAUGAAGUGUAUCAGUCUGACUCUGUGGUCACUCUCUCAUGUCACCUGUCUCCUGAAAUCAGUGCUGUUGCCAUGGAGAUCAGGUGGUUUAAGGGGACGGACUGUGUUUGUCUCUAUAAGAACAGGCAGGUGACAGAGGGGAGGGGCUACGAGGGCAGAGUGAGUCUGUUCACUCAGGAGCUGCAGAGAGGAAACGUCUCCUUACAGAUCAGAGACUGUAGAUGGUCAGAUUUAGGAGAUUAUCUGUGUCAGGUCACCAAUGGACACACAACAGAGGAGUGUACAGUAAGAGUGAGGGGUUCCAAUGAUUCGGUAGGGAUUUUCAGAGAGAGAAGAAGAGGGAAGGCUACUCGAGUUCAGACACUCUUUGUUUCUCAGAGAGCCAGAAAAUGGACAGAAGAGGAGAGCCUGAAAAUGGAGGAAUCUGCUCUGCUGAUCGAAUUAAUAGAGGAGAGGUUUCCUGGACCUGUACUGAAGAACUUAAUGAGCUUAAUUGAAGAAAAGAAAACUCAGGAGGAAAAGCUGAAGAGAGCUGAGACUGAAUUGGAGAACACAGCCAAACAAACACACAGUAAAGAAGAAGAAUUAAAAGAGGAGGAACAAGAGGAGAGAGAGAACAUCAGAGAGAUCAGUCUGGAGAUCAGAGAGAUGCAGGAAAGAAGAGUGAGAGAAAGAGUGAAGAUGAGACAAAGAGAGGAAGAGGAGAUCAGAGGAAAGAUGAGAGCUGUUGUGGAUGAUUUGAGGAGCUCAGAGGAAGCAGCUGAGAAGAUAAAGGAGAAAAUUAAACAGCAUGAAAAACAAAAACAUAAAUGUAAGCGAAAGUUAUCAAAGGAGAGAAAUGAGGAGAAGAGGAGAGAGCUGGAGAGAGAAGUGGAGAGAGAAGAUGAGCAGAUGAAGGAGGCUGGAGAGGAGCUGAAGAGGAUGCAGGAGGAGAGGAGGAUGAUGGUGAAGAAGCUCAGACUGGAGAUGGAGAUCAGAGAGAAGAAUGCAGUAAAAGCAGAUACACACUUCAUCAGGAAGCUGCCUGAACUCAUUACUCAGAGUGUUAUAACAAACAGACAGAAAGAGUUUGAUAGAGAGAUGAAUGAAAAAGAGAGAGAGAUAGAAAGACUGAAACUAAACCCUUUAGAGAUGGAAAAAGAAAAGGAAAAUAAACUAGAAGAGAGAAAAAAGACUUCAGAAGAGAAAAACAGACAACUUGAACAAAAAGACACUGAAUUAGAAGAACAUAGAAAAAUAAUAGAGAACAAAAAUAAAACAAUAGAUGAGAAGAAUGAACUGCUGAGAGAGAAAGAGACUCUACUGGAGAUCACAGUGAAAGAGGUGGAAAGCAGUAAAAAGCAGCUGGAGACUCUGAGAAAGGAACUGCAGGACAAGAGCAGCAAACUACAGGAGAUGAUGAUCCUACUGGAACAACAGAAAACUGAACUCACCCGUCAGCAGAAAGAGUUAGAAGAGAAAGAACAACAACUUAAACACACAGCACAACAGAAUUCAGACCUACAGACUGAAACUGAAACACUGACAACUCUCAUUUCAUCACAGACGACUGAUUUAACUGAAAAGACCAAACAGCUCAAAGAAACAAAAAGCGUUCUAUCUGAGAGAGACAGACAGCUAAUAGAGAGAGAAAAACAAGUGGAGGAGAAAGACAGACUUCUGACAGAAAAUACAACAACACUUCAAAUGAAGGAGAAGAUUUUAGAAGAGAAAGACAAACUUCUCACAGAGACACAAGAUGAACUGAGACAAACAACAAAGACAUUAGAGAAUCAUAGAAUACAAAUGGAAGAAAUGGAGAAAAGACUUGUGGAGAAAGAUGAAGAAUUAAAAGAGACAAAACAAGAACUGAAAGAUAAAAACACGAUUAUAAAAGAACAUUUAGAGACUGUUGAUAAGAGAGAUUCAUUAUUAAAGGAAACUAAUGAAAGAUUAGAAAGUGUUAAUAAACAGCUUAAAGAUAAAGACUCACAACUGGAGAAUCAGAUCAAACUGCUGAGAGAGAAAGAGACUCUACUGGAGAUCACAGUGAAAGAGGAGGAAAGCAGUAAAAAGCAGCUGGAGACUCUGAGAAAGGAACUGCAGGACAAGAGCAGCAAACUACAGGAGAUGAUGAUCCUUAUGGACCAACAGAAAACUGAACUCACCCGUCAGCAGAAAGAGUUAGAAGAGAAAGAACAACAACUUAAACACACAGACAGACUUCUGACAGAAAAUACAACAACACUUCAGAUGAAGGAGAAGAUUUUAGAAGAGAAAGACAAACUUCUCACAGAGACACAAGAUGAACUGAGACAAACAACAAAGACAUUAGAGAGUCAUAGAAUACAAAUGGAAGAAAUGGAGAAAAGACUUGUGGAGAAAGAUGAAGAAUUAAAAGAGACAAAACAAGAACUGAAAGAUAAAAACAUAAAACUGAAAGAUAAAGACAUGAUUAUAAAAGAACAUUUAGAGACUGUUGAUAAGAGAGAUUCAUUAUUAAAGGAAACUAAUGAAAGAUUAGAAAGUGUUAAUAAACAGCUUAAAGAUAAAGACUCACAACUGGAGAAUCAGAUCAAACUGCUGAGAGAGAAAGAGACUCUACUGGAGAUCACAGUGAAACAGCUUGAAGAGAAGGAGAGACUUCUAAGUGAGAGAAACACACAGCUAAUGGAAAGAGACAAGCAGGUUGAGGAGAAAGACAGACUUCUAGAGGAGAGAAACAAGCAGCUGCAGGAGAGAACAGAUCCAGACUCAGCAGCUCCAGCCAGGAAGAGAAACAGCAAAGACAUUAGACCUCCAGACUUCAGUGGAGAAACUCCAGAUGCAGCAGCACCACUCAGGAGAAGAAACAGUAAAGAAGAAAUUCCUCCAGGAAUGAGUGGAGAAUCCUCUAGUUCAGCCUCUCCAGAGUCAGUUCCUGUAGCAGAGCUCAGGCUGGUGCUGCUGGGGAGGACUGGAUGUGGGAAGAGAGCAGCAGGAAACACCAUCCUGGGCAGAGAGGAGAGGAGCCAGGCUGGAGCGUCUACAGUGAGGCAGCAGAGUAAGAGCAGACAGGGGGAGGUGGCUGGGAGGCAGGUGUCUGUGGUGGACACUCCUGACUGGUUCUGUCCUGGACUCUCUCUGGAGGAGCUGAGACAGGAUGUGGGACUCUGUGUCCGUCUGUCUGCCCCAGGACCCCACGCCUUCCUCCUAGUCAUACCAGUGAAGCAGUCUACAGGAGAGGAGAGAGGCAUGCUGGAGAAAAUGGAGGAGAUCUUUGCAGAGAGAUGUUGGAGGAACACCAUGAUCCUUUUCACUGUUACUGAUGAAGUCCAAGAGAAGAACAUUGAAGAGUUUAUCCAGUCAGGAAACCAGGAGGUCCAGAGACUCGUAGGGAAAUGUGGGAACAGGUUUCACUGUCUCAGCAUUAAGGAGAGUGGAGAUGGUUCUCAAAUCUCAGAGCUGCUGGAGAAGAUCGAGAAGAUGGUGGAAGGAAACAGAGAGAAAUUCUACUGCAGUGAGAUCUACCUGGAGACACAAUCUCAGAUCAGAAAGAUAGAGAGAAGAAUUAUGAGAGAAAGAGAGGAGAUGAGAGAGAGACAAGAAAGAGAAACUAGAGAGAAACUAGAGAGAUGUGAACAGGAGACUUUAAUGAAGUUUUCAGAAUCAACUGCUGAUUUUCAUACAAAAAUAACUCAGCAUGAAGAGCGAAUAACUAAACUAGAGGAAAUGCUGAAAGAGGAAAGAGAUGAGAAGAGAAAGGUAGAGCUGAAGAGAGAGGUGGAGAGAGAGAUUCAGCAGAGGAAUGAGGUUCAGUUGGAGCUGGAGAGACUGAAAGAAGAGACUGAAAAGGAGAGGAGAGAGAUGGAGGAGAGACACAGACAGGAGAUGGAGGAGAUCAGAGAGACAUAUGAAGGAGAAGCCAAGAUGGAGGCAGAGAGAAUCAUGAAGAUCAUCCUGCCUGAACUCCAGCAGAGAAUGUGGGAAGUCAUGAUAAAGAAACAGAAAGAGUUUGAUUGUAGGAUGGAUGAAAAGAAGAGAGAGAUAGAAACACUGAGACAGAGACUCAGAGAGGGAGUCAGAGGGGGAAUCACAGCAGGAGGAGAUGAUCAUCAGGAGGACACUAGAAGACGAUUUAGCAGGUUAAGACAAUUCCUUUGUGUAAGCACUCGGUCAGAUCAGUGAGAGCUCCUGACUGACUUUCAGUCAAAGCAGAUUUGACUGAUUUAACUGAUAGUAGCAGCUGAUGGAAAGGUAAGCUGAGAAUGAGUGAUUUUAUUCUCCCCAAAGUGAGGGACUCGAUACACAUUUUAAAAUUAUAUCAAAAUGUUUGUUUUUGUUAAGGAUGAGUUUAAAGUGUUGAUUUGUUAAUUUGUCAAUUUGUUCAUAUUAAAUUUAAAUACAUUUAAAUAUAGUCUAUAAACCUACUUAGUCUCAGGUACAUUUUAGUGUAAUUCUUCUUAGUUUCUGGUAGCCUGAUCACAGGAUCAUUACUGUCUGUCAUUAGAGUGAAGAGUAGAGUGAGAUUAUCUUCAGUUCUUCUUUCCACCCUGAUCAGAUCACUCUGUGGAGGGAAGAACAGAGAGAGCAGAGAUCAGACUGCUUCACUUACUGCCUUUAAUCACUGAUUCAGGAUCAGCUCUUAGGACUGCAGUGAAUGUGGAGCAGCACGUUAGAAAUGGAGGUUCUGUGAGCAGCUCCAGUUGCUGCUGCAUUACAUGGAGCAUGUAGAGCUUCAUGCAGCCUCUGGCUGGAAACAGCGGCUGAUGCCUGAGCUUGUUCAGUUUGAUCAAAGUGCAGCGUGGAAAGCAGCUGAGUGAGAUAAUCAGAUAUCAGCUGUUCAGAGAGAAUCACACAGAGAAGAGGAGAGAGAGCCUGGAGUGACAGAGAGGAGAGCAGGAGUGCUGAAUGAUUAUUAAAGAUGAUUUAUAAUAUAUACUGUAGAUGUGAUGUAUAUGAAAUUGUUUCUUGGGAAUGUUAAGAAAUUUACUUGUAUAUACAAAUUAUUUUCCCUAAAAUGCACAUUUACUGGUAAAAUAGUUUAAUACUGUGAUGGUUUAAGCAUACAGAUGUACAGCAUCACUACAGUAUGAACUUCAAAAACUCACUCAGCGUCUCACACAACAGAAAUCUACAUUCACUAAUAUGAUAAAGACACUAUUUACACUCAGUCUAAAGCUACAUAAACAUCACCUUUGGGCUCAUAAAUGAUUUCUGUGAAUUAAUAUUUGUGGAAGAAAAUAAUAAUGAAACACUACAAAUAAAAUCACCACAAAUGGCUAAAAAUGGACAAAAUGCUGGAGUUUCCAGUCUUCUCUGCAAAGGGCCGGUGUGGCUGCAGGUUUUGAUUCCAACAAAGCAGGAGCUCAGACAUGAUCAGCUGAAUAAACAAGUAGAAUCAGGAGUUUCUGCUGGUUUGUAAUGAAACUCUGCAGCCACACCUGCCCUUUGUUGAUAAGUGA